AUGACCUCUGGGCCUGGGGUUGCCAUGGAGCUGAUGGGCGACGAGGCGGUGUCGGUGUGGAGAAGGCUUCUAGGCCCCACUGACUCGGGCGUGGCACGGAAAGAGGCCCCGCCAAGCCUCCGAGCCGAGUUCGGCACAGAUGGCACCAGAAACGCGGGACAUGGGUCUGACUCACUGGCCUCAGCAGCAAGAGUAAUUCAUUCUAGUAGAGAGACCAGGAGAGGACCUAGUACAGAGCCCUGGGGGACACCAGUAGUGAGACAUUAAAGAGGACCUAGUACAGAGCCUUGGGGGACACCAGUAGUGAGACAUUAAAGAGGACCUAGUACAGAGUCCUGGGGGACACCAGUAGUGAGACAUUAAAGAGGACCUAGUACAGAGUCCUGGGGGACACCAGUAGUGAGACAUUAAAGAGGACCUAGUACUGAGCCCUGGGGGACACCAGUGGUGAGACAUUAAAGAGGACCUAGUACCGAUCCCUGGGGGACACCAGUAGUGAGACAUUAAAGAGGACCUAGUACCGAUCCCUGGGGGACACCAGUAGUGAGACAUUAAAGAGGACCUAGUACAGAGCCUUGGGGGACACCAGUAGUGAGACAUUAAAGAGGACCUAGUACAGAGCCUUGGGGGACACCAGUAGUGAGACAUUAAAGAGGACCUAGUACAGAGCCUUGGGGGACACCAGUAGUGAGACAUUAAAGAGGACCUAGUACAGAGUCCUGGAGGACACCAGUAGUGAGACAUUAAAGAGGACCUAGUACCGAUCCCUGGGGGACACCAGUAGUGAGACAUUAAAGAGGACCUAGUACCGAUCCCUGGGGGACACCAGUAGUGAGACAUUAAAGAGGACCUAGUACAGAGCCUUGGGGGACACCAGUAGUGAGUAAUGCUUUGUUCUUCUGUUCAGGAACUGGAGUUUUUCUUCCCAUCCACUGCGGGCCAUGGUCCCGCUAA